CAAUGUUCUGCAAACCAAUGCCAUUUAUGAAUCUCACACUGGAGCCAAUGUUGGAGAGAUUCUGUCUGAUGCAGUAAAGGAAUGGAAACUGGAGAGAUCUGAACCUGUUGUUUGUGUAACAGAUAAUGCUGCCAACAUGACAGUCGCUGUAAAAGAGGCCGGGUUAAAACAUGUGAAAUGUUUUGCUCACACAAUCAAUCUUGCAUCCCAAAAAGGUCUCAAAGUCGACACAGUGUGUAGAGUUCUGUAAAAAGUCAGGCGAAUUGUCGGUUUCUUCCACCGUAGUUCUACUGCCACUGCCCUGCUGAGAGAAAAACAAAAAAUGUUGCAACUGCCAGAGCAUAAGUUGAUCCAAGAUGUCUGCACGAGGUGGAACAGCAGUUUUGAUAUGAUUGAUAGGUUCAUUGAACAACAACCUGCUAUCCUUGCUGUCCUGAUGUCAAAACAGGUCCGAAAGACUGAAAAGGAUCUUGGUUUGUCAGACACUGAGCUAUGCAAUGCUGAAGACCUUGUGGGAAUCCUCAAGCCCAUGAAAACUAUUACCACUAUCCUGUGUGAUGAGAAACACCCAACUAUAUCCCUGAUAUUCCCACUGAAGGAGAAAAUCCUCAACAUGACACAAGCAGUAGAGACUGACUCAGCUUUCAUACGCAGUGUCAAGACUGCAAUAUCAGAAGAUAUAUCCAAGCGAUACAUUGAUGGGCAAGAUCUGCUGCUUCAAGCGUCAGCUAUGGAUCCAAGGUUCCGUUCUCUGCCUCAUGUUGAUGAUGCCAGACGACUUGCUGUAUUUGGUGCCAUUAUUGCAAAGACUGCAGCUCUGGCUGAUUCUGAUUCUGGCAAGGUGGAGGUGAAAACUGAAAAUGAUGAAGCCAGUGGGUCCAUGGAACCAGAGAAUGGUCUGCCCCAACUUCCUGAGGCCAGUGAUCUGAAACAAAGUGUGACACCAGAUGUGAAGGAAGAAAACACCUCUGCAAUGGAUGACCUAUUCGGUGAUGUCUUUGUCACUCAUGUGCAGACAGCUAAGUCCUCAUAUGCCAGGGUAGAGGAAGAGGUCAGCACCUACAAGGCUGAGGAUUGUAUUCCCCUCAAUUCAGACCCAUUACAGUGGUGGCAGGAAAAUGAACAGAAAUUUCCUUUGCUGUCCAAAUUAGCAAGAUGCAUUUUGUGUGUGCCAGGAACAUCUGUUCCAAGUGAGCGUGUAUUUUCAACAGCAGGCGAUAUAGUCACAGCUCAGAGAGCUACACUGAGGCCUGAAAACGUCAACAUGUUGAUUUUCCUGAAGAAAAACCUCAGGAAGUGAAGUGAUCAAUGUGAUGAAUGAUUACAAUGUGUUGUGAAUUAUGAUCCUGUUAACUGUUGCAGUACAAAAUUCAAAUAACUGUUGGUUGAUUUUGUCAAAUCUGACACUGGAGGCCUGGCUUAAGGCUGAAUGUUUCAUCAUUAAAUACUAAUGAUGAUUAUUUUUUUUAUUAGUUUAUUUAUCUGCUGUGAUAACAGUUUAUCAUUUGUCACUUGUGACAAUUGUGACUUGACUGACUUGCUGGGGCAAUAUAUUCAGUGCAUUUAUUCUAUACUUGAUGUGAUGUGACAUAGGAAAGUACUGAAGAAUACCAAAACAGAAACAUUUGGAGAUGGUGGUUAUACUACUUUUUAUUUUUUUAAAGUUAAGUUGAUUCAUGUAAAUUGUCAUGAACAUAAAGCAUAUUUAUUAUUUAACAACUGUUUUCCAUUGAGUCAAUUGACACUAAGCUGAUUGCUUAGUACUGGGAAGUAUUAUUUUUCAUUUUAUGUGUUUUUGUGACACAGUAUAAGAUCAGUGAUAUUACUUGUGACUUAUUCAAAGUUUAUACUUAACAGUCUUGCUGCCAGAUGCUGGUACAGAUCAUUUUUUUUUUUUUUUAAUUUGAAACUGGAGACAACUGGAAGUGUUAUUUCCACAGUUACCAAAUUUACACUGAUAAUAUUGAUACAUUUUAUUUUAUCAUGAAUCAUGAUGAUAAUGAUGACAAGAAUACCUGUCAAGUUGGGCAUAUUAAAGGGAACCUUGUGACUUGA